AAAGUCGGAAAUUUCUUAUCCGCGCGGGCGCCCCUGCAUUCGGCGUUGGACAAUCACAAAGACGAGGACAACAAACCGAGCAAAGGGGGUGGUGCGGUGAAGAACUUCAAAUGGAAAACGAUUGGAGAGCGCUUGUCCAACGCGACCGAGGUCCCCCCCGCGAAACUUCUUGUGAAAAAGGCGAAGCAGGAGAACUGCCAACUAGUCCGGAAGAUGUUGAAGGACGAGAACGGAGUGCCAACUUUGGGCGACCACGGGGAGUUCAUCUACGUGUACAUGAAGGGGAAUAAGAGGGUCGACGAAGCUCCUACUGGUGGUCCGAAUGAUGAUAUUCUUGGACGGCAGAAGUCAUCCGAUUCCGCAGCUACAGGGACACCUAAAGGAGCUCUCGCGAUGAAAAAGAAACCAAAAGCAAGUGCCAAGAAAAAAUUGAAUCCGUUAAAUGUGAAAGCCGAGGGGGAAAUGGGUGUUGUCAUCGACGACGGGAACAACGCUUUUGUGGGCGAGGAAGAGCUCUUGGAGGAGGGGGAGGACGAGCAGGAGGCAGCGCUCGGGUUCGCGGGGAUCGAGCAGGAAGACAACACCACCAAAGUGAAAAUUGUGUUAGAAGAGGGAGAUGAGAAAUCUUCCGAACCAGGAGCUUUUUUCCCAGAUUCAUCAAAAGCACCGGGUCGGGAAGAUCAGCAAUUACAGAAGACCGGUAGCCAGAAGCUUUCCAUCGUUCCGAUCGAGGUGCCGGAUAAGAAACCUUCCGUUUUAGAAAAGUUAGCCACCAUCGACUUCGACACGGAUUUCGUUACCCAAGAGACCGACGAAAACCACGUGGAGCAGGGCAAGCUGUCCACGCCCCGGGCGCAUGUGGAGCACGG